CCUUUUUUUUCUUAACCAUCAACUCCAUCUCCUUCUUUGGUAUUGUCGAGCUUCUCUGGAGUUAUUAUAUUAAUUCUUUCUCAAGGCGGUAUUAAGAUUGGGAUCUGCAGGAAGUUAUUUUGACCUCCUUUAAUUUUGUGUUUUCUUCCCAUGUUUAAACAACAGCCUGGGCUGAAUGUAUGUGCUGCCAAGCUGCUGACAAACGGGCUAUAGCUCUCCAACAGGAAGGAGCGGAUGAAUAAAACAUCGUGAGAGAAGCGUAGGAUCUGGCAGAGCAUCGAGGUGGAAUCUCCCCUGCUCUCGCUCUCGUAGUGAGGGAGCAGGAGGAGCCUCAGACGGACGGGAGAGCUGCAGUGUCCUGCAGUUUAGCUCCGGGUUAUGAUCCCCCUCCGCCUCCGAGCCCAGGAGCCAUGCCCGUGCCCGAGAUGGCAGUAACCUCGGUCAAGUCCCUGUACUGGGAGGUUUUCCCCCCGAUGUCCACGCGGAGGGUGUACUGCACCCCUCUCUUCCAGGAAGGACGGCUGUACGUACUGGGGGGCUGCAGUGAGACAGGCCUGCCGCUGGACACUGCCGAAGCCCUGGAUGUGGCGUCUCUGACAUGGACCCAGCUGCCCCCGCUGCCCACAGCCCGGGCAGGGGCCACCGCCGUGACGCUGGGCAACCGGCUGCUGGUGAUCGGGGGUAUGGAUGCUCAGCAGAACCCCCUUUCAACCAUGGAGAUAUACAAUCCUGAUGAGGGCAAGUGGGAGAGGAAGGCCAGUCUGGGGCAGCCUUCAAUGGGCAUCACGUCUGUGGAGAAAGAUGGGAAGGUUUACGCCCUGGGAGGGAUGGGUGCGGACACGACUCCCCAGGCGUUGGUGCGAGUGUAUGAGCCAGCGAAAGACCAAUGGCAGCCUCUUCCCUCCAUGCCCACUCCACGUUAUGGCGCUGCCUCCUUCCUGCGUGGGAACAAGAUAUAUGUUCUGGGUGGACGGCAGGGCAAGCUGCCUGUGACAGCGUUUGAGGCCUUUGACCUGGAAGUGAAGAGCUGGACACGCUUCCCCUGCAUCCCCAGCCGACGGGCGUUUGCCAGCUGCGCUUUGAGCGAGCGCUGCUUCUACAGCCUGGGGGGCCUGCAGCAGCCCGGACCCCACAACUUCUACUCCCGCCCGCACUUCGUCAGCACCAUGGAGGAGUACGACACCGAGCUUGGUGUCUGGAUCAAGCCCACUCGGGCCUCUCGUAUGAGGGAGAAAAGGGCAGACUUUGUGGCUGGUUGCCUUGGUGGAAGGGUCAUUGCAGCAGGUGGCCUAGGCAACCAGCCAUCCCCCCUGGGCUCAGUGGAGAGCUACAACCCUGUGAAGAAGCGCUGGGAGUUUGUGGCCCCCCUGCCCAGUCCCCGCUGCUCCUGCGCUGGCCUGCAGACCCCUCACAUGCUCUUCCUCAUCGGAGGUGUGGCCCAGGGCCCCAGCAAUGCUGUGGAGGCUCUCUGCCAGAGGGAGACUGUGUGACACACGCACAGACCGGUGGACAGAGGAGCAAGGAAGGGUAGAGCGAAUGCAGCAGUGCUCCAUGUUCUCCCCACCCACCAAAGACUAUCGAGGCAGAGGAGUUCUGAACAUUGAUUUCUCCUCCAUGUUGUAUGGGUAUUCAUCGACAGAAACAAGAAUAAUGACAUGCCCGUUCAUGGGGAAAAAAGUUGGAUGGAUGAACAGGAAACACAAGCAAAAAAAACGAAAAAAAAUACACUAAAGAAGCCUUUGAACUGUAUAGUCGUUUUCACAAUCACAGCAGGGUACUCUACUGAAAAAGGAACUUAGGGCCAUAAUGCAAAGCCACUGCAGCACCUGUUUGCGGUAGCAUAUUUAGCACUUUUUUUAUUUUCCAAAAAACAAUAUGAAUACAAGUUAUUUUCAUUUUUUACCUCUGCAGAGAUGCAUGUGUGGAAAGUGCACUGUUUAUAAUAAGGAAUAAGAUUUUACACUGAACAUUUGAAUGAAUACACCACCACCUGAUGUGAAAUGGCUUAGUGACUGCAGGAGGAAUGAUGCAAGCCCAGUAGUACACAGAAUGAAGGCUAGAAUCCUGUGAUAUUUAUAAAACCUAGGCAUGAUUCAAACUCUGGAUUCAGAGGGUUUCAUACGCAUAAACGCACAUGCUCAGUCGCUCACAGAUCUGUGUACUUUACCACAGUAUGGAAUCUCCCGACACUCAUUUAAGGCCUUUGUGGACGCAUAACCAGCCAGUGGUUACCCUGGUUGCCACAGUAGUGCUCACUGGAUGCUUAUGGCCUCUUUGUUGAGAAUGAAAACAAAUGAAUCAGAUGUUAGGGGGGGGGAGUAAGCCUACUGCAGCCCAGGGCUGUGACCUUGUGACCCCUGUGGUCUGUAUGACAGUUCCUCUGCUGGACCACGGCUGAUUACCUUGAUGCCAUGGCAACGGGAUGUGGACAGAGCGGUAGUUCAAACACAGUCUCACACUCACAAAGCUUACCUUUUUAAACAUCAGUGCUUUAUUUACAACGUGCAGAGUUAUUAACUGAGGAUAAGGGAGGAGUUCUCAGUAGGGGGGGCGGAGGGGGCCCUUGUCCCAUCAUUGUUUGGCUUGGAUUUGGACCAAGUGUGCUGUGCUAGAUUUUGCAGUGGUGGCAUGGUGAGAUUAAUGGUAGAUGAGAGAGUCACUAUAUCUUUGUGUUUUGAUCACUCCUGGCUUGCCCUUCUCCCCACUCCUUUUACACUCAGGCAGUUGGCAGCACGGGAGGUGCUAGGGAAUCAUUCACACUUCAGUGGUCAUGCUGUAGGGGUCACUGUCAACAGGACCACAAAAGGCCUGCCUCCUGAAAAACUGAUUUAUACCAGAGUGUUUUUGUUUCAGAAUUUGAGUCUUAGUUUUGUGAGGAAGAAAAGUAAAAAAUACAAGUACUACUGCCUCUGCUUGUCUCCUACAUUUCAAAGCAAAACAAUCUCACUUUUACCAUUUAUUUAGGUCAAAAGCGGGAGUGAGGCUGCCUUCACUCAUCUCCCGAAUACUCUAUUACUGACUUUCUGCAUAUCGGCUCAUUGUGUGUGUGUGUGUGUGUGUGUGUAUGCGUGUGUGCCUGUGUGCAUGUGUGUGUGUGUGUGUG